AUGAAUGAAAAUGGUAUACUCGAGGAGUAUAGGAGGGAAUCAUUAAGUUCAACCAAUCAAACGGUUGAAACUCCAACACAGGAGGAAAUGGAUUGGUAGGCAUUUCAAUAAGUAUUAAUCUAAGAGAGAGUCGAAGUAAGGAGGAAGAAAAUAAUAAUAGAAAAGAGGUUGUAAUAAAUUAAGUGUUGAA